AUGUUUGGCGUGAUACCCGUCGCAUUAAGAGACGGCCAGAGCGCGACAAUCGUGCCUUUUGAGUCUGUCGACCAAAUUCCAAAAUCUUUGGUCGAUAAGCUGCACCAAGAAUACAACUACGAAGUCGAGCAAGGAAACACUUUGGCCCAGAUCGAGCCUCUCACGGAACAGGAGUUCUUGGAUUACUACUGCCCCAAAUUCCUUGCAAUCAUGCUCCUAGGAGAAUUCGAGUCCUCUGCUCACGCUAUCGAGCUAUCAAAAGAAACAGAUCUCGGUGAAAAGUUCCUGGGGUCGUAUUACAUAAAACCAAAUUACCCGGGCAGAUCCUCGCAUAACUGCAAUGCAGGAUUCCUCGUUUCCCACAAGCACAGAGGAAUGGGAAUCGGCAAACUUCUGGGGAAAAGCUAUCUGGAGUAUGCACCAAAAUUAGGCUACCGUUACAGCGUAUUCAACCUCGUUUACGAGACAAACACGGCCAGCUCGCGGAUUUGGGACAACCUUGGGUUUGAGAGGAUCGGCCGGGUGCCGGGGGCCGGUUAUCUGAAAGACUACGGAUACACGGACGCGAUUGUCUUUGGCUACGAUUUCACCAAAGGCAAGGAGACUUGA